GCUUAUCGACAAUCACAUGUUGCAUAAAUAAAAGUAAUUGUCUGCAAAUGAGAUUGUUAACAAUUUAUAUCAGGAAAGAGCGCAAAGAGAUCGAUAGUUCGAUACGAACGAAAGUUUCAAAUGUGACUAACAAAAGCCAGGAGUGAGAACACAAGUAUUUCGACAUGCAUUUCGAGAUUACGACAGUAAUUGUUAUUCUUUUUUCGCAAUUUAUCCACGCCGUCAACGAAAGGAACAAUUUCGGACGACUACAUCGAUGCGCGCGCGAGAUAGACAAUCUGAAAUUGGUGCUCGAGCGAAUCAUAGAGGAAAUCGCGGCGCGUAGCAACUGCAUAAAUUUUAUUACUGAUACCACUUAUCGCGGACUCGUUGAUGCCCGUUCUAUUGAAAUAUCUCAUCCUUUUGUAUCAAAAUAUGAUAUCGCCGUGCGCGAUAACCAAAAUUUUUCGCGCUCGAGGAAAUUGACGGGAAUACUUGAGCAUAUCAAAGCUAUAGGUUGUGACUCGUAUGUUAUACUAUUUGCCAAUGGUUUGUUAACGUCGCGAUUCUUGCAAUAUGUUGAAAGGGAGCGUCUGAUUAACACACGCGGUUACUUUUUACUUCUGCACGAUAAUCGGCUCUUUAGACCGGAAUUGCAUUAUAUCUGGAACCGAAUCAUUAACGUGGUGUUUGUACGGCGAUACAACACGUACAAGUAUCGUUCCGGCGAGCAAAUCGCUUCUGAGCGAAUCGAUCUCAACACCGUUUACUACCCAUCGCCCACGAGGGAUUUCACGGCGAUCAGGUACAUCGACACCUGGCGUGACGGCAAAUUACGUUACGGUAACGAUCACUAUGUGUCAAAAACCACGGAUCUUCACGGCAACGGUUUGCGAGUUGCAGUUUUCGAACAUAUACCAGCUGUGACCGAAGCAUCACGAAAUCACUAUGAAGAAGGCACAAUUGCAGACUCUAAAGCUUUGGGUAUCGAAUUUGAAUUAAUCCGAAUCAUAUCAAAGGCAAUGAACUUUAAAACAGACUAUUAUAUGCCUCUUAAUAUCGCGAGCGAUAAAUGGGGUAAAGCGGGUGAAAAUGAUAGCUAUACAGGUCUCCUUGGAGAAGCAAUCAAUGGAAACGCCGAUUUCUAUCUCGGUGAUCUGCAUUAUACGCUACAUAAUCUGAAUUAUUUUGAUCUAUCCACGCCAUACAAUACGCAAUGUCUCACCUUUUUAACGCCAGAAUCGCUGACCGAUAAUUCGUGGAAAUUAUUGAUAUUGCCCUUCAGGCUGAAUGCAUGGAUAGCGGUGAUUUGCACCCUGUUGAUAGGCGGCGGAGGUCUCCACGUGUUUGCGUUGCUCUACCAGAAGUAUAUAAGCUCGCGUAUGCGUCCUAAAUUAGACGCGGCAAACGCGUACGAUGGCACAAAGGGUCUGUAUCUGUUCACUGAAUUCCAGAACAGCAUGCUGUACACAUACGGUAUGUUGCUUCAGGUGUCUUUGCCGCGCUUGCCGAACAGCUGGACCGUGAGAAUCUUCAUCGGCUGGUGGUGGAUCUACAGCAUCCUGGUGACAGUUAUUUAUCGCGCUAGUAUGACGGCCACCCUCUCGCAUCCCGUCGCUGUAGUAACUAUCGAUACUUUGGCGCAGCUGACAAGAUUGUUGCUGGCAGUAGGCGGUUGGGAUGAGGAAAGCAAGGAGUUUUUCCUCGCUUCUUCGGAUCCGCAUAGUCAGGAAAUCGGCAACAAGUUUGAGCUGAUCGAGAACGAGGAAGAAGCUGUCGACCGAGUGGCUAAUGGGACCUUUUGCUAUUACGAGAACUCGUAUUUAUUGCGAUACAUUCGCGGAAAACGGAUAUUCGAGGAGCAGAACGAUCGGAGAAACAAAAGCGAAAGAGACACCGGCUCGGCGGUGAAGUACAAUUUGCAUAUUAUGGAGGAAUGCGUCGUCCACAUGCCGAUCGCGUUAGGACUGGAAAAGAAUUCUCCCUUAAAGCCUCAUGUGGAUUUAUGGGUGAGACGGAUGACGGAAAUUGGUUUGGUGCAAAAAUGGCUGAGCGACGUAAUGGAAUGGGCCAAGAUUAACGAAUCUCGACAAAAAUCGGAGUCUGAAGCAGCUCUGAUGGAUUUGCGCAAAUUGUAUGGCGCACUCAUUGCCCUGGGAAUCGGUUAUUUUCUCGGUUUCGUAGCUUUAUUUGGCGAAAUAAUAUAUUGGAGAUACGUUGUCCUGAGAGAUCCCAACUACGAUAAAUAUCAUCUGGAUAUAUUUUAUAAGCACGAUAAAUCUAAUAAGACUUGAGCGACAAUUUUGAUCUUUAUUCUGUAGUGUAAACAAAAAUAUUAAAAAGAAU